AUGUCCAAACCGCAAAAGUAUCGCGACGUCGCACAAAGCAGAGGAGAGAUACACGUGCUGCCAUUCAAGAUCGGCGAAGAAGAGAUCCAUGCUGUAGGCACAUAUGGAUGCCGAACUUGCAUGUGUGUAUACCUUCGUUUCAAAGACGACACCGUCUUCAUAGCGCACAUGGUUGCACAGAACGAACCCGAACCCGAAGAACCGUACUCAAGCUCCCAAUCUUCCCCGUGGCAACACCAGAAUCAAGGACCUGACAUGAGUCGUCCUCUGUUCGACAGUUACGAAUUCGAAUGGACAUCGAAUUUGGCGAUGGGUUACAAUCUGAAGCGCAUGGUCAUGGCACAAUUGCAAGCCAAAGUCCCGCCGAGGCUGCUUGCAGAAGUGCCAGUGGAAGCUUUCGCGGUCUGUCCGGCGCUCUACUUGCAAGAUAGAGUCUCGAAUGCUUGGUGGAUGAGGGAAGCUGUUCAAGAUUUCUUCCAGGUGGAAGGCGGCAUCGGGGUACACAGGGCUCACGGCUUCGUUGCUGGGUCCAAGAUCGACACUGUCUUCUUCCAGUGGAACGGACAAGGCUCCUCGUAUCCAACGGAGCAGAUGUUAGAUUCGGAAAAUGAGCGGCUCCCAAGUUCUUACAACUGGACGGCUACUCGCGGCGUUCAGGAACAAGACAAGCUCUUCGGAUUCGUCUUCGAUGGUGCUAUGUGGCACAGAUGGAGCCGCUGGGGUGACCCCCACGCAGAUUGA